AGACCCUGCGGUGCACCCAGCUGAGAGGAAUACUGAUCAGUUUGCUGAAGCUGUAAGCAACUCUUGGGGGAGGGUGCUUUGUGAUGGAGGGACAAUUCCUCAAAGGAAACAGCCUUGAGAUGGCCGGCCAGGAUAAAAGUCUGGUGAAGAAGACACAACUGUUGGAUCGAGGCCAGUGGGGGAACAAGUUGGAAUUUCUGUUGGCUGUAGCAGGAACCCUGGUUGGGCUGGGAAACCUCUGGAGGUUCCCCUAUUUGUGCUACAAAAAUGGGGGAGGUGCAUUCCUGAUUCCUUACGUCUUGUUUCUGCUCUGUUGUGGCAUACCGAUGUUCCUCCUGGAGACGGCCAUGGGACAGUUCACAUCUCAAGGAUGUAUUACCUGCUGGAGGCACUUCUGCCCCUUGUUUGAAGGGAUUGGCUACGCUACCCAGCUUGUGAUUGCAUAUGCUGCCGUGUCAUACAUUGUCAUCCAGGCAUGGGCCUUCUUUUACCUCUUCUCAUCCUUCAGCGCUGAGAUCCCAUGGGCCAGCUGCGGAAACACCUGGAACACAGAGUUUUGUAUUGAAUUUGAUAAAACAAAUGCGUCAUCCAAUUGGACAGCAAACGCAACAACGCCUGCAACAGAAUUCUGGGAGAGACGAGUGUUGGGUAUAUCUAAAGGGAUUGAUGAGAUUGGUAGCCUGAGGUGGGAGUUGGCCUUGUGUCUCUUACUGGCAUGGAUCCUUUGCUACUUCUGUGUUUGGAAAGGAGUGAGAUCCACUGGAAAGGUGGUUUACUUUACAGCAACUUUCCCUUAUGUGAUGCUGGUGGUUUUGUUGGUUCGUGGAGUCACUUUACCAGGAGCUAUGGAUGGCAUAGCAUUCUAUCUGUAUCCUGACCUGACAAGGUUGGUGGACCCUCAAGUUUGGAUGGAUGCAGGAGCACAAGUUCUUUUCUCGUUUGGGAUUUGUCAGGGGAGUUUGACAGCUCUGGGCAGUUACAAUCAAUUUAAUAAUGAUUGCUUCAAGGACACGUUUAUUCUGUGUUUGGUGAAUGGAGGGUCAAGCUUUGUGGCAGGAUUUGCCAUCUUUUCAGUUUUGGGCUUUAUGUCCUACGAACAAGGACUGCCAAUAUCUGAAGUGGCUGCUUCCGGACCUGGCUUGGCAUUUAUUGCCUAUCCACGUGCAGUAGCCAUGAUGCCUUUUCCUCAGUUAUGGUCUAUAUGUUUCUUCGUCAUGGUCAUCUUGUUGGGUGCAGAUACGCAGUUUGUGAGUCUGGAGUGCCUGAUGACCACCGUGACAGACAUGUUCCCCACCGUGUUUCGAAGAGCUUACCGUCGAGAAUUGCUGCUGCUCUGUCUCUGCUCUGUUUGCUUCUUCCUCGGCCUCCUUCUCGUCACAGAGGGAGGCUUAUAUUUCCUUCAGCUUUUUGACCAUUACGUUUGUAGUGGCAACAAUCUUCUCCUUCUCUCAGUGUGUCAGUCGAUAGCAAUCGGAUGGAUAUACGGUGCAGAUCGUCUCUUUGACGACAUUGAAGAAAUGGUAGGUUAUCGUCCAUGGUCCAUAAUGAAGUACUGCUGGCUUUACAUUACCCCCACCGUUUGUCUGGCUACCUUCAUCUUUUCAUUGGUGAGAUACAAGCCUCUCAAGUUCAACAAAACCUACGUCUAUCCGACCUGGGCAUAUGCUUUGGGCUGGUGCCUUGGACUGUUCUGCGUUCUCCUGGUUCCUCUGUGGAUCAUCUUUAAACUUACGCGGAUGAAAGGGACUAUAGGGCAGAACCUCAGGCAGCUUUGUCGCCCUGAAAUCAAGACGCACGGCAAAGCAAAGCAACCUGAGCAAUGCCCUCUGAACCCAGACAACUCUCUUACUCCUGCUGCCAAUGAAUACAAAGCAAAUGGUGGGGCUGAGAUGGAGAUGCAAAUGUGAGAAACUGAACAUUUUUGACAAUGUUUCAAAUGUGAUAUUCUGAUUUUAAACUCCAGGUUUCACAAGUGAAGCAUUUUAAAGAAAUGAUGAUGAGGAAUGACUUCUGAAGAGCAGCAGCUCUGUUGGGUUACUAUACCAAGUCUGCAACCUGCGCAAUAAGCAGUGAGUCUUGUGUCACUGUAAAAUGUCUUUACUGUCUGUAUAUAUAUCUAUUUUUAGUUAAAGCAAACCUUUAAUGUGUCAGAUCAAGUUAUCAUUUUCAUGUUGCAGUAUGCCAGAGGAUCAAGAGAUGCCAAUUUUGAACAUUACUAACAUGCACUGUUACCCAUCCCAUAAUAUUAGAUAGAUAGAUAACUUUUAAAAACAUGUUAAGUACUUUAAAGAAAGUUAUGCAGCUGCUGCAACAGGCGGACAGGAUGCCACCAUAUACAGUGGGUACGGAAAGUAUUCAGACCCCUUUACAUUUUUCACUUUGUUUCAUUGCAGC